AUGUCUGAAGUUGGUUUUAAAUAGAUCUAGGAAGAAUAAUAAAAAGAGGAUUCACUUUUCAAAUUAUUAAUCAAUUUAUUGGAUUGUACAUUUCAGACAGUUUUUGGUUAUAUCUGCUUGGACAUAUGCGUUUCAAUAAGUUUACAUUAUAUAGGACAAGAGUAAAUAAUAGUAUUAUGAUAAGAAUAAAUGCUUAUGCAAAUGCUGGAUAUGGAUUUGCAUUAACAUGUGUGUUUAUUUUAUUGAAUCCUCUUGGUUUUGGAUUGAAUCAAUCAUUAAAUAUGCAUACAUCUUAAGCUUUAGGAGAUUAAAAGAUAUAGCUAGCAAAGAGAUUUUUUAAUAUAAAUUUAUAUGUGAUGCUUUUAGUGCUUGUGCCUUUAGGAGGUAUUUUAUUAGGUUUAAAAUAUCCGUUGAGUCUAACAAUAAGAGAAGAUGAAAGAGAAUAGACUUCAGAUUAUGCUUAGCAAUUUUUAUAUUUUUUAAUACCAGCAGUAAUUCUUGCUUUAGAGUUUGAAAGUGCAAAGUGUUUUAUGGUAGCACAUAAAGUCACAUAUCCAUUUACAAUAAUUCAUUUUACUACAUUAGGAUUUCAUUGGCUAUUUUGUUGGUUAUUUAUAGUAAAAUUUUAAUGGGGAGUAGCAGGAGCAGGAGUAGUUAUAAUAAUAACGGAAGUUUUAAAUAUAGUAGGCUUAGUUUGUAUGUUUUUAUCAAUAUAAAUUAGUGUUUGUAUAAUUUACUAGUUUAAAGAGAGAAAUAUUUUAAGGAACAAAAAUAUUAUUGGAUGUUCCAAGAUUUAAAAAAUUAGGAAUUUAGUAUAUAAAAACAUCAAUUCCGAUGGUGUUUCACAUUUAUUUAGAAUUUUUUGUAUUUUUUUUGUUGUCAUUUAUUGCAUUGAGUUUGGGUAUAUCUGAGAUGAUUGCAGUAGUAGGAUUACAAAAUAUGUGUGGAAUAUAUUUUAGUAUGAAUAGAAUAUAAAUGAAAUAGGAAUUCCAAUAAGUUUGUCAAUAGCAAUGAUGUCUUUUGUAGGAACUGAGAUGGGCAAAGGAAAUAUAAAAAUUGCUAAACGUUAUGUAGCAAUAGGAUUAGGUAUAUUUGCUGUUGCAUGUGCUAUAUGUUCAUUAUUGAUAUGGUUUUUGAGAGAUUAAUUGGCAUCAUUUUAUGCUUCUGAUUAAGAUAAAAAUAUAGUAGCUGAAAGAGCAUAAGAAAUAUUUAGAGAUACAAUACCAUGGUUAAUAGCAGGAAUGUUAGUAGUCGAUGGUUUAUAAGGAACAUUAAGUGGAGCUUUGAAAGGAAUUAAUAAAAUAAAUUUAGUGUUUGUAUAAAUAUAGAUCUAAUAUUUUAGUAUUCAACAAUUGUUGCAUAUUAUAUAAUAUGUAUACCAUUGGUGAGUUUUUUUACAUAUUCUUGGGGAUUAGAUUAAGGAGCAAUAGGAAUAUGGUAAGGAUUUGGAAUUUCAAAUCUUAUAUUAGCUAUAUUAGACUUAAUUGUCUUAUUCACUACUGAUUGGGAUAAAUAAUCACGUACUAUUAUUAGAAGAGUUAAAAAAGAUAAUGAACUUUAGUUUAGUACUUUAAUUUAAGUAGAAGAUGAUAAAACAAAUAUUUGAUUUAUAAUAAAU